UUCCUUCGAGAACAUUGACGUUCAGUAGGCUAUGUUUUUUGUUUGUCGACACACAUUUUACCACAGCGGAGGUCUGGUGCCUCUAAGCACGAAAGAUUUUUCCCAGUACCUUCAAGCUCAGUCAUUCUAUGGAACUUGUUCUCACCAAAUGAGAUAUCACAAAAAUCAUCCUGGCAUGGAUAGAACAUCUGUAGAUCUUGUUUAAACGCACUGCUUUCCUUUCUUAAGUUUUGCAGACUUCGAUUUUAUAUUCUUCAAUUACUGCAAUACAAUAAUGGAUAACGUGGCGGGUUCGGAAAAGUCUCAUCUUAUCAAUGAGAAGAAAGCGCAAAUGUACAGUCAAAAAAUAAAGAGCCCAGUCACAGAAUCCAAGGAGGUGUAUCCAGACUUCCCAUUUGAGAAUGGCAACUCAGGCCCGGCAAUCGAGCUGGAGCGACACGUCGGACAGCAUUGCCAUGGAAAGGCGACAAAGACCGUUGAAAGCAGAGAGACACAGUUGGCAAGGAAGAAACUCUACAUUGCUUCUGUAGUGUGUUUGAUAUUCAUGAUUGGAGAGGUUAUCGGUGGCUACUUAGCUCAUAGUUUGGCGAUCAUGACUGAUGCGGCGCAUUUACUCACAGACUUUGGGAGUAUGAUGGUCAGUUUAUUCUCCCUGUGGAUUUCAUUAAGACCCCCCACCAAGACCAUGAACUUUGGUUGGCAGAGAUCAGAGAUUUUGGGAGCCCUUGUGUCUGUGUUGUCUAUCUGGAUUGUGACAGCGGUGCUGGUGUACCUGGCCAUCAUUAGGAUCGUCAACAAUGACUAUGAGAUCGAGGGCUAUGUGAUGGUGAUUACCUCUGGCUGUGCUGUUGGAGUUAAUAUUAUAAUGGCCUACAUUCUGCACCAGUCCACCACGUUUCACAGUCACAGCCAUGGUUCUGGUUAUCACAAACUAGAUGAUGCCGUCGAGAGCCCAGAGAGUCUUGGGCAUGGACACUCACACUUUGGUCACCAUGGCAACACCAGCGUGAGAGCCGCCUUCGUCCAUGUCAUUGGAGAUCUACUUCAGAGUGUUGGAGUGCUGAUUGCUGCGAUUAUUAUUUAUUUUAGGCCUGAAUACAAAGUAGCAGAUCCAAUCUGUACCUUCCUGUUCUCUGUUUUCGUCCUGGGAACGACUGUCACCAUCUUAAGGGAUGUCUUCAGAAUACUAAUGGAAGGUGCCCCAAAGACAAUCCAGUUUAAUUCUGUGAAGGAGGUCCUGCUGUCUCUAAAAGGUGUGAAGGCAAUGCACUGCCUGCGCCUGUGGGCCUUGACGCUCAGUCACACAAUGCUCUCAGUCCAUAUCGCCAUCGAGGAGGAUGCCGAUGCACAAACAGUGCUUAAGGAAGCUACAGAGCUCCUGCAGAAUAAGUUUGACUUCUACAGCAUGACCAUUCAAGUGGAGAACUACUGUGAAGACAUGUCACACUGCACACAGUGUCAAGACCCAACAGAAUGAGACUGAUGAGGUCCCAGGAUUCUCAGGAACACCCCCGGCCCUCUCCCCUGGGAGGAUGAAAGGGCCUUUCUGAUCACGGGGUUUUAAUGUCUGCCGGCGUACAUAUUAAUGAGACACAUUUUCAAGGCAUUACUACAUUUUGUAACCAGAGGUAGAAAAUCAGGUAACACUUUAGUUUAGGGAUCCAAUACAAGUGAUUAUAAACAAUCUAUAAACAUGUUAUUAAUUAUGCUAUUAACAAUUAUAGAAUAUGAAUAGAAAUAAUACGAGUAUUAUUACACACUUUUGUCAUUGUUUUUUGCGCUAUUGUUUAUAAUCGCUAUAACAGAUAUAGUCUGUCUGUCUUUUCAGGUCUGUUUGUCUUUCUAUGCCUGUCUGUCUGUCUGUUUGUCUGUCUGUCUCACCAAUUGUAUGGGGUUGUUUUGUUUUUGCAAUACAAUUAUUAUACACUUUUAUUAUAUGUUUUUGCUUUUGUUUAUAACCACUUAUAACGGAUCCCUAAACUAAAGUGUUACUGAAAAUCAUGGGUGCAACAAAAGCAUUAUCAUGGUUGUAUAAAAGCCUUAGCAUGAUUUUUAUUUUUUUUUACAAACACACUUGGCUAACAGUCACAGAUCCUUUCGUUUAAAACCAAAUGUUAUUUUAAAGCAGUGUUUGCAGCUGCAACAACGAGAUGGGUGGACACUGCAUAAAAUCCUCAGGAUAUAGUGACUCCUGUUAAACAAACAGUGACUAAAGAAACUUAAAAACAGUAGAUAACAGUUAAGAACAUAAGAAAGUUUACAAACGAGAGAAGGCCAUCUUGCUCGUUUGGUUGUUAGUAGCUCAUUGAUCCCAGAAUCUCUUCAAGCAGCUUCUUGAAGGAUCCCAGGGUGUCAGCUUCAAUAACGUUUGAGGUUCUGCUCCUGAGGCUAAUUGUUUGUUAUUUAUAUAGAGGGGAGCUUUUGAAAAUGAUUUGUCGUGCAUCACAGGAAUGUUUCAGGAAGAGGAAGUGGGGGUCAAUAACUGUUACAAUGUGAAAAACAUUUUAAAAUGUUUGCACCGUGCUGCAUAAGAUUGGAUAGCUUGUGCGUAAGAAACUUUUAAUUUAUUUUGUAGAUUCACUUUCUGUUUCAAGUGUAUUUAAAAAAAAACAAACAAAAAAAAAAAAACAUCCUCAUUACUUGAAGCACUAAGAUCAAUGUGUUAACUGCAGUGAAGUAAGAAACACCAUUUAAUUUAUAGCUCAUAUUGGUUCUUAUAAGAACAUUUUUAACAGCUCAUACAUAAUUCAUCAGCAGACAUUAGAUUUCACUCAUCUUAGUAGUGCGUUACAAAUAGGAUGAACACUGAGAUGAAGGCUGUGACGCAUUACACCACUGCAGAUUAUUUUUUAACACACUCACCUUUACUGGUGGCUGUUUCACAUUCAGCAUUCUGACACUGUGUUGAGUUCAGAAAACUCAAUUCAGUGUCCGAGUAUGCUGAAUGUAAAAUGGGUGUGCCAUCUGACCUUGUACUGCUAAGCUUGUGCUAUAAAACAUUGUAUGAACGUACAUUUUAAACAGGUUAAGUACUGAAAAACACUAGAAUGUUAUCGAUUGGUUUAGACUUUGUGACUGAGGGGAUGCAUAUUGAAGGGCACUCUUGGCAUUCCUAGGACGCAUUGCUUGACCAGAAUGCAGUAUAAAGUGACAUUAACACAAGAUGCUUGAAAUGAAAAGAAGUCAAGAGCAUGUCAGUGUGUGGUCUUGUUUCUUCUUGCACUUAAGCCAGGCAGGAUACCAUUUUUCUGUGUGUGAAAAUCACCAAAGAUUACAUAGAAAAACAGGGAAGAGAACCGAACCGUAACAGUUUGACUAUAUUUAUGUAAUAGCAACUGAAACAUGAUUGCAAAAGAAGCCAAAAAAACAGACCUUCUAUAUUAUCCAAUUAGGUAAUAUAGUAUGACAUUGCACUAUAUUUACAUUUGUAAAUAUGUAGACCCUGUCAUUUAAAUAUACUGUGCAUUAGCUAACACUAAAUCCUAGCCUGGUUAGCAGUCUGCAUGCUUGAGUUCCAGCUACUUUCUGUGAAGAAUAGAAUCUUAUA